AUGGAGAGAAGAAGUAAUAAUAGACCAAACCCUUCUUCACACUCAUGCACUCUUCCACCAUCCCCAACCCAUUCCUUUUCUUCUUCUUCUUCUUCUUCAUCUUCAGAUUUCGAGUUCACAAUCUCAAUCUCACCUCGAAAAUCCUCCACUCUUCUCUGCCCCGCCGAUGAGCUCUUCUACAAAGGCCAGCUCCUCCCUCUUCACCUCUCCCCUCGCAUCUCCAUGGUCCGCACUCUCCUCCUCUCUUCCUCCUCCUCCGCCGCCGCGCCACGUCACUCCACCGCCAGCACCACCUCCACCUCUUCGUCCUUCACCUACGACUGCGAUUCCUCCCGCCCCAGCUCUGUCACCGACGACGAAAACAACUUCGUCAACCGCCAUAACACCACCAUCAACAAUGCCUUCCACUGCGACAAGAAAACCGCCACCAAUAACAACAACAACAACAAGUACUUCUCGUUCUCUAGAUUCUCCUCUGUUUUCCGCAAAAACCGCGUCGAAACUCAUGAGAGCGUCUCUGUUUCCGUUUCUGAACCCUCAAGGUCGGUGAAGAAAAUGGGAAGCACCGCCAAGGAGGUUAUAAGAAAGUAUCUGAACAAAGUGAAGAGGCCAUUGUUGUUCUCUCACAAACAUAAGGAUCACCAGCAAACAACGCAAGUGUCAUCGUCGUCUUCGAAAAAAGUAGCAAAGAGAUCCGCCAUGGAAACACAGAAUGCUCCUCCUCCUCCUCCUCCUCCUCCUCCUCCUUCUUCAUCAUCAUUUUCCUGCUUGAAGAAGGAAACGACGGAGAUCAACAAAAGCGCACUGGUUUCUUCUUCGUGGCAUUCUUCCUUCUCGGGAAACUUGAACUACCCUCGACGAAAGAGCAUCUACGUUUCAAGCUGCCCUUCGUCCAUGAGGUCCUCUCCGACACACUCCGGCGUUCUCUCCACCGCCGGAGGGUUCUCUUACGCUGACACUUCGACAACGGAAGAGUUGCAGAACGCAAUCCAAGGAGCCAUCGCUCAUUGCAAGAACUCGUUGGCUCAGAACAAAGACUAUGGUGCAGUUUGUUUCAGGAUCUGAUUAAACCCAAAAUUAUGUUCUGAAAAAAAAAAGGGUUGCCUUUUCUAUGUCUACUUUUGUGUGUCUGUGAUUUCUCACGUUACGGAAUCUGACAUGAAAGUGAUGUAAAAAGAGUUGCAUGGUAAGAUAGCAUGGAAAAUUGGAACCCUUUAUGACCGUUUAUGAUCAUGCCCUUUCAAAGUGUAAUUUUACUACUUUUGUGUGUGGUGUGUAUAAUAAUUACAUUAAUUAAUUAACUUCAUCAUCAUGGAUUAUUAAUUAU